AUGGCCUCGACUACACAAAAGUCGGCGAUUCCAUCAUCAUCGUUAGCUUCCAAGUUCCAGCGAUUAAACGGCUCUCGAGCGAUUGCGAGAGUCUUGCGAUGGAACACGACAUGGGCGCUCGCCGAAUGCCCUUUCUGCGAGCAACCUCAUGAGCAUUCAAUCAGCUUCUUCCCGAGCGCCGAUGAGAGUCUACGCCAGCCUAUGUCAAACAGCCCUGACACCUUUCGAGGAUUAGAGCCUGCGACCAUGUGGUUCUUUGUCGCACCAUGCCAUACCGCUGGCUACGCAUACAGGCUCGUCUUCCCUUUUGAAAAGCACGAUGCUUGUUUUGAAACCGUUGUUUUCAGGAAAUAUGGACUGAACGCUCUGCCUGAGUCCAGCCGUUUGGAUCAUCGUAUCAGCGUGACGGACCGGUCUGAGACCAUCGGUGUCAAAGACCACGCUAUUCCUUCUGGAAACGAGAGACAAUAG